AUGGGUAAACGCAAGCAGGACCUUGGCGAUGUGCCCAUGGGUGGCACCGAGCCCCAGGAUGAUGAUUCUGACGACGACGUUGACAUGGUCAAUGUCGACUUCGAAUGGUUUGACCCGCAACCCGCCGUAGAUUUCCACGGCAUCAAGAACCUGCUCCGCCAAUUAUUCGACAACGAUGCUCAGAUCUUCGAUAUGUCCGCCUUGUCGGACCUCAUUUUGUCACAGCCGACGCUCGGCUCGACCGUGAAGGUGGACGGGAACGAGUCGGAUCCGUAUGCGUUCCUGUCGGUCCUGAACCUGCAGGAGCACAAGGACAAGCCCGUCAUCCAGGACCUCAUCAAGUACCUCCAGGGCAAGGCUUCAUCCAACCCUUCCCUCGCCGCUCUCAAGGAGCUCCUCUCCCAGAACCCCACCCCGCCCGUCGGUCUGAUCUUGACCGAGCGCCUGAUCAACAUGCCCGCCCAGGUUAUCCCGCCCAUGUAUAACAUGCUGUUGGAGGAGAUUUCUUGGGCCAUCCAGGACAACGAGCCCUACAACUUUUCACACUACCUCAUCGUCUCGAAGAACUACCAGGAGAUCGAGUCGAAGCUCGACCUCGAAGAAUCCCGGCCGCAGAAGAAAAAGAAGAAGGCCGGCGAAGCUUCUCAGCGCUUCUUCUUCCACCCGGAAGACGAGGUUCUGGAGCGGCAUGCGCUGUGCUCGGGCAGCAUUGAGUAUACGCACAAGCAGGACGAGGGCCACUCGGACUCGAAGCGUGCGUUCCAGGAGCUCGGUAUCCGCACCAGCGGCAGCUUGACCCUGAUCGAGGGGGCCAAGUUCGAGGGUGCUGUUAAGGCAAUCACGGAGUACUUGUCUUGA